AUGGGAAGUUUCGGUGAAGGAUUGACGAGUCCUGAAGUGGAGAUAGCCGAAGGUGGAGCAAUCGUUGAUAGCAAAACGAAAAUGGAUAAAUUUUCCAGAAAAUGGCUAACAGUCCCUCAGUUGAAAAAAUUGGUAUUCGUUUAUUUGGUGCGAUAUGCGGAGGAGCAACAGGAUUUGGCACUUCUUUCAAUCAGCACAUUUCAGCGUGCACUCAAAGAUCCGAAUCAGCUUAUUCGAGCCAGUGCUCUCCGAGUUUUGUCGAGCAUACGCGUUCCGAUGAUUGCACCAAUAAUGCUGCUGGCGAUACGGGAAUCAGAGAGUCUUCAGCCAGAACUCAUUGAAUGCAUUGAUUAUCUUCUGGGCGAUAAGCGCACAUUGGUACUUGGAAGUGCAGUGUAUGCGUUUGAAGAGACCUGUCCCGAUCGAUUUGAUUUGCUUCAUCGGCAUUAUCGGGCUCUGUGCAAGGUAAGAUAGUA